AUGGCGGCGGCGGCGGCAGCGGCUCCAGGAGGCAGCGGCCUUGGCGGGGACAGCCGGCUGGACCAGGAGACGGCCCGGUGGCUGCGAUGGGACAAGAAUCCUUUAACUAUAGAGAUCGUGAAAAAACUCAUUGCAGAAGGUAAUGAAGAAGAACUACGAAAAUGUUUUGGGACCCGAAUGGAGUUUGGGACAGCUGGCCUUCGAGCUGCUAUGGGAGCAGGAAUUUCUCACAUGAACGACUUGACCAUCAUUCAGACCACGCAGGGAUUGUGCAGAUACCUGGAAAAACAGUUCGGUGACCUGAAGCAAAGAGGCAUAGUGAUCGGCUUUGAUGCGCGUGCCCACCCACCAAGUGGAGGCAACAGCAGAAGGUUUGCCCGACUUGCUGCCACCACGUUCAUCAGUCAGGAGAUUCCUGUGUACCUCUUCUCGAAUAUCACCCCAACCCCCUUCGUGCCCUACACAGUGUCACACUUGAAACUUUGUGCAGGAAUCAUGAUAACUGCUUCUCAUAAUCCAAAGCAGGACAAUGGAUACAAGGUCUAUUGGGAUAACGGAGCUCAGAUCAUCUCUCCUCAUGAUAAAGGGAUUUCUCAAGCUAUUGAAGAAAAUCUGGAGCCGUGGCCCAAAGCGUGGGAAGAUUCUUCCAUUGAUAACAGUGUGUUUCUUCAUAAGCCAGGUUUCAUCAAUAAAGACUACUUUGAAGACCUUAAAAAAUACUGUUUUCACAGGAGUGUGAACAGGAAGACCAAGAUGAAGUUUGUGCACACCUCUGUGCACGGUGUGGGUCAUGACUUUGUGCAGUCGGCCUUCAGAGCCUUUUCCUUUGUCCCCCCCGACGCUGUUCCUGAACAGAAAGACCCUGACCCUGAGUUCCCAACAGUGACAUACCCAAACCCGGAAGAGGGUAAAGGCGUCUUGACUCUGUCUUUUGGUUUGGCUGACAAAACCAAGGCCCGGGUUGUUUUGGCAAAUGACCCAGAUGCUGAUAGACUUGCUGUGGCUGAAAAGCAAGACAGUGGUGAGUGGAGAGUGUUUUCAGGCAAUGAGUUGGGGGCCCUCUUGGGCUGGUGGCUCUUUACCUCUUGGAGAGCAAAGAAGCAGGAUCGUAAUGCCCUCAAAGACACAUACAUGCUGUCGAGCACUGUCUCCUCCAAAAUCUUACGGGCCAUCGCCUUAAAGGAGGGAUUUCAUUUUGAGGAAACCUUAACUGGCUUUAAGUGGAUGGGCAACAGAGCCAAGCAACUAAUAGACCAGGGGAAAAAUGUUCUGUUCGCAUUUGAAGAAGCUAUCGGGUAUAUGUGCUGCCCCUUUGUUCUGGACAAAGAUGGAGUCAGUGCCGCUGUCAUAUGUGCCGAGUUAGCCAGCUUUCUAGCAACCAAGAAUGUGUCUUUGUCUCAGCAGUUAAAGGCUAUCUAUGUUGAGUAUGGCUACCAUAUUACCAAAGCUUCAUAUUUUAUCUGCCAUGAUCCAGGCACUAUUAAAAAGUUAUUUGAAGAACUUAGAAAUUACGAUGGGAAGAAUAAUUAUCCAAAAACUUGCGGCAGAUUUGAAAUUUCAGGUAUCCGGGAUCUUACAACUGGUUAUGAUGACAACCAACCUGACAAAAAGGCUGUUCUCCCUACUAGUAAAAGCAGCCAAAUGAUCACCUUUACCUUUACUAAUGGGGGUGUGGCCACCAUGCGGACCAGCGGGACAGAACCCAAAAUAAAGUACUACGCAGAGCUGUGUGCCCCUCCUGGAAACAGUGAUCCUGGGCACCUGAAGAAGGAACUAGAUGAACUGGUCAGUGCUAUUGAAGAACAUUUUUUCCAGCCCCAGAAGUAUAACCUGCAGCCAAAGGCCGAUUAA